GAAGAUCAAAACAACAACAUCCAAAUCAGCGAUUCUUCCUUUUUUUUCCUCCUUCUUUUCACAGCGUGUUAAAAUCUAAUAAGAACAUUAAGCAAGGAGCUCGUGCCUUUUCCUGCGAGAAAGACUGGCAGGCAGCGAGUGUGAAACUCCACAUUUCGCUUUAUUUCGACGCCCUCGGACAACAUGGACAGGAAGUGAAGCCAGCUCUGAGAAUAAUCUAAAGCCACUUGUGACAGUUUGUGACAUCAGAACUACUGUAAGCUGAAGUCUGAUUGGAGGAAUGGCGUGCCAGUCGACCCUGCACCAGUGAUCAGGCCAGGACACUCCAGUGGUGACAUCCUGUGGAGCCAUAGAUUAAAGGCGAGGAGGCUGUUUCACCACCGCUGGAACUGAAGAUUGCUUUAAAUAAGCAAGUCCUCGUGGAAGGUUUUUAAGUCAUGAUGCAAGAAUCUGGGACGGAGGCGACGAGCAACGGCCCAGCCAAUGAGAAUGGAGGAGCGAGCGUGGAGGGAGUACCCAGAGAGGGGCGACCAAAAAGUGCCGCGCCGUCAGCGGAAGUGACUGCAGCAGAUUUCCUGCAUCUCCAGCAGCACCAGGCUCUUCAAAUGGCUCGGCAAAUACUUCUUCAGCAACAGCAGCAAUCCCAGCCACAGCAACUGCAGUCUCAGCAAAAUACUGGUCGCAAAUCCCCCAAAGCCAACGACAAGCAGCAAAGCCUGCAGGUUCCAGUGUCAGUGGCUAUGAUGACACCUCAAGUGAUAACUCCACAGCAAAUGCAGCAGAUUCUUCAGCAACAAGUCCUGAGCCCUCAGCAGCUCCAGGUUCUUCUCCAGCAGCAACAGGCCCUCAUGUUACAACAGCAGCAACUCCAAGAAUUCUACAAGAAGCAGCAGGAACAACUCCACCUCCAGCUCCUCCAGCAGCAGCAGCAACAGCAGCAACAUGCAGGCAGCAAGCAGAGUAAAGAGCAGCAGGUGUCAGCACAGCAGUUGGCUUUCCAGCAGCAGCUCCUGCAGGUCCAGCAGGUCCAGCAGCAGCACCUGCUCAACCUUCAGAGGCAAGGACUGCUCAGCAUCCAGCCUGGACAGACUGGCCUGCCACUGCACUCCCUCACUCAGGGCAUGAUUCCGACAGAGCUGCAACAACUGUGGAAAGAGGUGACAAACGCUCACGUAAAGGAGGAGCACAACAACAGCAGCAGUAACAACGGCCACCGGGGCCUCGACCUGUCCUCCCCGGCACCGCCAAAGAACCCACUCCUCAACCAGCAUGCCUCCACCAACGGCCAGUACAUGAGUCACAAGAGAGAAGGAUCCACGCUAGAAGAGCCUUCCCCCCACAGUCACCCUCUGUACGGCCAUGGCGUUUGCAAGUGGCCCGGUUGCGAGGCAGUGUUUGAUGAUUUCCACUCAUUCCUCAAACAUCUUAACAAUGAGCACGCCCUGGAUGACAGGAGCACAGCCCAGUGUCGGGUGCAAAUGCAGGUCGUACAACAGCUGGAGCUGCAGCUAGCAAAAGACAAAGAGCGUCUGCAGGCUAUGAUGACGCACCUUCAUGUCAAGUCCACGGAGCCCAAAGCCACCCCACAGCCGCUCAACCUAGUGUCCAACGUCACGUUGUCCAAGUCGGCUCCAGAGGCCUCUCCUCCUCUGAGCCUUCCCCAGACCCCCACCACACCAACAGCACCGCUUACACCCCUCUCCCAGACCCAUUCUGUCAUCACAGCCACAAACCUCCACAGCAUGGGCCCUAUGCGACGGCGAUAUUCAGAAAAGUACAACAUGCCCAUCUCUCCAGAUAUCAGUCAGAACAAAGAGUUUUACAUGAAUACAGACGUAAGACCACCAUUCACGUACGCCUCACUAAUAAGACAGGCAAUCCUCGAAUCUCCAGAAAAGCAGCUAACACUAAACGAAAUCUACAACUGGUUCACACGAAUGUUUGCAUAUUUUAGGCGCAACGCAGCAACGUGGAAGAAUGCAGUCCGGCAUAAUCUUAGUCUUCACAAGUGUUUUGUGCGGGUAGAAAACGUAAAAGGGGCUGUGUGGACAGUGGACGAAAUAGAGUUCCAAAAGAGACGGCCUCAAAAGAUCAGUGGAAGUCCAGCCUUAGUGAAGAACAUUCAGACCAGCUUGGGCUAUGGUCCGACCCUCUCUGCUGCCUUCCAGGCUUCAAUGGCAGAAAACAACAUACCUCUAUACACUACUGCUUCCAUUGGAAGUCCCACCCUCAAUUCCCUGGCCAACGCCAUCCGUGAGGAGAUGAAUGGAGCAAUGGACCAUGGAAACAGCAACGGCAGUGACAGCAGCCCGGGACGCUCGCCCCUGCCAGCUAUGCAUCACAUCAGCGUUAAGGAGGAACCACUGGACCCCGAAGACCACGACGGGCCCCUCUCCCUGGUAACGACUGCCAAUCACAGUCCGGAUUUCGAUCACCACAGAGAUUACGAUGACGAGCAGGGCCACGACGACAUGCUGUAAGGCUAGCGCCGCCCACCUCCCUCCCCGGCCUCAGAGGCCGAGGCAGUCCGGGUCAUUCGGGAGACAGAAACGCUCUGCAGAUAACAAACACUGAACUGCAGUCUCAGCCACUGAUGACAGCCCGCAAAUGUCUCCAAGUUGACUUUUUUUUAGUGCCAUUAAAAUACAUAGCAAGAACACACAUGAGAAAACACAGAUGAUGCCCCCACAUGAGGGCUCUUUUUUCCCUCUGAUUCCUUUCUACUUUUGAUUUAAGUAGCGCUUAAAACGUGAAAACAAACUUUGUUUCUACUCAUCUGUCGGACAGACUGUAUUUUUUUUUAUUUUUUUGGUACGGGGGGGUGCGACACGCAGCCAGGACGGACUGCACUCAACGGACUGCAGAAGAGGAGGGGGGAGGUGUUUGUCUCCCUCUCCACCCUCCCCCACGCCCCCCCACCCCACCCCCCAUUCCCUCUCUCAGACACACAUCUGACCAGAAACUGAAAAGAGAGAGAGGGAGAAUGACUGACGUUUAAUUUACACCGUGUGUAUGUGUGUACGUGCGAGAGAGAGCGCGAGUGCGGACUUCUGUUCAUUGUCACUGCCUUCAACACUUCUCAUUGGUUUAAUCCCUUCUACGGCGGGAGGGUUGUUUUUGUGUUUUUGGUUUGUGUUUUUUUGGGGAGGGGAGGGGGGGUUUAAAAAGUUAUGAAAUAUAACAUAAUGUGUCUUCUCCAUCGUUCAGUGCUGUUCUAGAUGUCUUUUUGUUUUUGUUAUUGUUUCUUUGAACUGAUCAGACCUCAUGCCCAUGCUGUGGAGAUUCUGUGUGGUCAGCACUUAAUGAUGAAUGUUUAUCAUUUCUUUAAACACACUCACAUGAAGCAGAAUGUCACAUACCAACUAGUAUUUUUCUGUCAUUUAUUCCUCAAUCUUGCCACACACAAAAAAAACCACCACUCUGAUGUGUAGCCCGCCCCCCACUCCAACCCCACCCCAACCAGACCCCCCUCCUGCUCAUGAAGUCCAUUGGCAAUGCACUACUCAUAAUGAAGGCUCUCUCCACGCAUCAAUGAAGUUUAAUUUAAGAUGCGAAUGAAUGACAGAGAAAUCAUGCAGGUUAUGAUUUAUCCUUAUGAAAUUAUACUUUAAAACAGCCCCUCACGGCCGAGCAUGCUGAGCUGCAACAGAAUUUCUGAUCACUUACAAGCUCCGGGUUUUUUAAAGCAAAAUGAAAAUGUCAGGUGUGCACCAGCGAGAUAAUGAUUUAGACCAACUAAUUGUGAUUCCUGAACACAACUGUCAUUGUUAAUCAAACGUGUCUGCUUUCCCCCCCUUUUUUUCCAAGCUGUAAUUUCAUUCAGGGCUCGGAGAUAAACGUGCAUUCCCUGUAGUUUUAUUUGUAUCACGCGCAUGACUAGUUUUAAGUUUCGAGUGUUAAUAAUUGCACACCGGACGAACGGCUCAUUUUCUUUCAUUAAGGGAACAAAUCCCCAAGACCUGCAAUAAGCGUUGCACAUUCCAGCAUUUGACAGUCAUCGUAAAAGGGCCCAAACAUACAGCACAUACCAUUUUAUGCGAAGGUGGAUGCUUCGACGUUCGGUGUCGCCCAACAAAAGUCUGUUGGGAAUCCACGGGAAAAACUUCCAGCUUUGCUGAGAAGUUACAUUUUAGACAUGCUGAAUUUCAAGACUGCAAUCAACCACUUUUAAUCUUUUUAUUUAUUAUUAGUUUUGGUAUUAUUUGAUGUUUAUUUGGCUUUUUACUUUUGUUAAUGUUGUUGUUGAUUUGUAUUAAUAUCAUUCUGUGCCUACCAAAGAUAAACUACAAAGUCAGUGAUGUGUUUUCCAUGCAAUAGCAGAUCAGGCCAAAUAUCUCUCCUCCGUUCUUUCGGUAGCGGCGGUGUAGCCGGCGGCAGAUUGAAUCGAAGGGGGGGGGAGGAAAAAAAACGCUCCUCGCACUGGUGUUUUCAUUCAUUGUUAUUAAAAAAACAGCAAACAAACAAAAAAACCAAAGGGGUGGAGCUGCAUCGAGGUUUUGCAGUGACCAAAUCUGAACGGGAGGCAACGACAGUCUGACUACACGAUGACCAAACUAGGGAAACUUCUUAUCUUUGGGCCAGUGAGCUGGGAAAAGGGAGCAGAUGACACAUGCAACAUUAGAGCGUAUGUAGAUAAAACAUAUACCGGUUAAAUGGGAAAAGCUUUGCAGAGAACAAUGUGAAAUGGAUUCUGUGCUUCAACUGGACCACACAAAUGAUUCAGUGUUUCUCUUCUUUUAUUCCUUUACCUGUGUGUAUCAUUUAAAAUGAUUGUAUGCCACUUUUUUUUUUUUUUUAGGGAUUUUUGUUGAGAUUGGCAAGACUUCAUGAUUGUGUUUAGUUUCUGUCAACUUAUUACUUUUUAUAUUAAAAAACACUCCUGUCAACUAAUAAGCUGGGUACAAGGUACUUUAUGGCAGUUAUUGUUAUUGUUAUUAUAAUUUUUUUCCUCUAACUUCACCGCUCAUUAGC